GUUAUUUGAAGGAGGGAACCCGUUACUCCCCAUCUUUGCCAUUAAUCUCACAGCUGUUACUGUAAAUUGGUGCGGAGGACCCCCGUUAAAGACAAGCGGACUUUCAUUCCAGGAGCCAAACACUUGCUGUCUUGCGGCUGGCUAACUUAAGUGGGCAAGGUGCAGGAUGUCCAACAACAUGGCCAAGAUCGCAGAUGCUCGAAAGACGGUAGAGCAACUGAAACUGGAGGUCAACAUAGAGAGGAUGAUGAUAUCCAAAGCAGCAGCUGAUCUGAUGGCCUAUUGUGAAGCUCAUGCUAAAGAGGACCCCCUGGUGACACCAGUGCCUUCUUCAGAGAACCCGUUUCGAGAGAAGAAAAUAUUCUGUGUAAUAUUAUAACAUCCAUAUGUAAAAGACAAAUGAUUACGCUUUAACACUUAACAUUAUUUAAUGUGUGAAUUCAAUGUAAGCCUUAAUAACAAACAAGAACACUUUUGUAUUCUUUCACUUUUUACAACAUUCAGUUUUGUAAUUAAAGUAGCUUUUUGGUGACUAACCUGAAGAUUGAUCAUCAUUUGAACCUGAUAAUGGCGGCAAUACAGAUUUAUCAAAAGUGGGUGCAAAGUUCAUUUUAACAGGCUGGCACUCCUGCCUCCCCAUCUGCAAACAGAUUGUAUCUGAGCUUAUAUAUUAACUCAACUGCAUAGCUAAGUUCUCAUUUUGGCAUUACUGUUUUAGACUGACUCAUUUCAAAGGCAAAAUAAAUGGUAAGAUUUGUUGUUCA